UCAAGGCGAUAGGCAGACAGAGUCGGUUAACGAAGCAAAAAAAAAUAAGCAAGGAAAAUUUUAUGUUAAGUAACGACGGUCAACAUCGCGGAGACAGCAGUUCAAGCUCAGAACGCUAGCUGGUCACAUCGAACAGGCGCCGGAAGUUGUUCCGAAAAUCGGUCGUCGGUUAGCCACAGACUGUUGCACAUGUUGUUUUGCAACUUCUCCUUGCGGAGUUUUUAAUGUCGCGAAUUCGUGAAAUUCGGAAAAUCGCUUCCCUAGUGACAAUUUUUCGAGGGAUCGGAAGACGAUCUUGUGCAAUCCUGAUUAAUCACUUGAUUUGAAGAAGUGUAAUUACUCGCUUUGAGUUAGACAGAGAGCGAUCGGCAGAUGAGUGGGGGGGAGAAGAAAACGAAUAAAAAUAAAUCAAAAUUUGGAUGCGACAUCAAAACAAGUGCAUUCGCGGGAAGACGAUGUGCAAGUUGUAAAGUGAUGUAUGAUGUAGAGUCGAUUUUUUUGCUUCGUUUUCUGAAGAGAGUGUCAGAGAACCGGGAAAAAAUACGAGCAAAUAAAUAAAAUAACAGUGCGAAUGCAAAUAUACGAUAAAAUUAAAACAUUUUCCUGACAAGUUGUUCGGCGAUUGCACCGCGAGAAUCGAAGAGGCGCAAGAAUUUGGAUUUCGGGUCUCGGAUCUUGCGGCGGUUUUGUGAUAGUGCAUCUCGAAAAACGAACCGAACAGAAAAUAAGGAAGGCAGAGCAGAAUCAGAUGAUCGUUAUCGGUAACGUGUUUGUUGGUGGAAGAAACGUGUUCAUAUCUCAGGUGGAACGAAAGUAAAUACAACGUAACUAGUGUUUGUGUUAAUAUAUGACGGACGAAACAAGUGCGUGCUGUUUUCGAAUAACAGAAGCGGAAAAUUAAGGUGCAAUUUUACAACUUGCAAUAACAGCCGCACGCAGUACAAGUGUGGUUGAAGAGAUUAUUUCUGCGGUUUUGUGCGGUUUGUGCGGGAAGAAAUAGAAUUUGCAUAACUUAUUCUCAAGAUAUGCAACCUAGUUCGGAACGCUAGGCCUGGCGGUGAACGUGUUGCCGCUUUCGGGCAAAUUCCUACUCCCAUGCGCACUAGAAUUAGUAUGUACUAGUUUAUAGAUCUACUAGCGCUGACCGUGGAGUAGAACGCACUACUAUUUAAAAGUAUAAUAAAUUCGCGCUCACGUACAAUUACACUUUGGUGCAAUUCUGCAAUAGUGCGGUUUCAUCUAUUAUCAGAUCAUGCCAUCGGCUGAUUUUCGUUAGCAGUAGCAAAGGUUGAACAAAUUACAGAAACAACGAUCAAUUAACACUAAUAAGUUAGCUUAGACCCUCGAGGAUACAAUUACCUCACGUAACGUGAUUAUGAACUAGGAUGGGUAAACUGGUACGAAUACGGCAAUCGACGACAGGUAGGAACACCUAUCACCCUGCCAAGAUGAUAACCGAAUUAUCUGUCAGCUUCAAGCGAAGCUUGCAUCCGCCCCAUCCUUUGCCACACAACAAACACUCCCACCGGUAUCCACAUCAUUAUCAGCAUCCAGUAGGACGACAGCACUGCCGAUCCCAUAGCAUCGGUAGCAGUAGCAGUAGAACCGAUAGCAGGUUCUGCUUUACCACUAGUAGCAGUUAUUUACCGAAAUUCCUGAUUUUAUUGUUCCUAUCUAUCUGUGAUAACCGGGCGUGUAGAACGCUAACCCUAGCAGAGGCCGCAGCCGCUACCGUAGUCAGUAGCACCAGCAGUACCACCGUUCCCAUUCUAAGCACUAGUAUCAGCAGCAGCAGUAGUUCAACUAUAACUAGCACAAGCAGUAGCACUCAGCUCACCAGUAGUAGUAUUUACCACACUCAAGUGGAACACCAUCGGCGGCAGCCGUCGCAGCAGCAGGACGUUUUAGAUGAUAGUGAAAGUGACGUCGUGGCGGCAGCAGCAGCAGCAGCCCCCGCGUCGGCGACGUUCAAUCGAACCAAGCUGCAGGAGAUCGUCAUGGAGGGACUCGGACUUAGCGAGAUUCCCGAUGUUAGUUCGAUGAACGUCAGUCAACAAGAAUUCGAAACCAAAUAUCGAGAGUACCUGGAACGAGUGAACCGACGAAGCAACCUGCAACGGUUACUGCAACAGCAAGGGCUGGACGAGACUGACGGUGGCGAAGGCGAACUUGAGGAGGGGCACUUGGUGGAGACGCGACAUCUGUACAGCUUCCCAAAUUCAGAUCCUAUGCUGAAUCACCAGAAGCUUCGACGCAAGCGAUCUCUCAACAACAACUACGAUCUGGUCUAUAUCCGCUUCGAUAUACCAACCAGAAAUGCAACGACAGGUGAGCUUAGCGGACUAAACUCUCCUUCCAUCUUCAACGGUCCGUCUUCCGACGAACAGUCCCAUCACAGUGGCCAGCAUCAUCAUCGGCACCACCAGACACUCUCGGAACUACCCCCAAUCUCACCAGAGAACAUCGAAGAAUCAUCACUAAACAUAAUGUUAACCAGAAGACAAAACAGCGAACGUAGCACAAAUAAUAAUAAUAGUAAACAUCAACAACAGCAUCUGACACCGCCGGCAACGGCCAGUGAAGACCAACGGCUGCAGCAGCAGUACCAUCCCCAUCACGGCAGACGUAAGGGAAGAGUCAAAUUCAAACACAACAACCAAAACAGCGGCAAUGGCAUCGAUGGCGGCAGCAUCAGCGGCAGUCAUUCAAAAAGCAACAAUCACAACUCGGGCAAAAGUAUUACUUUACAUGUAUAUCAACUGGUCGAACCCUACGAACGGCACUGGUUGAUAUCAAAGACCAUCCACGUAUCGGAAAUGGCUAUUGACGACAAAAAGUGGUACCAGCUACCACUUGACGAAGCCGUGCGCACUUGGCUCGAUGGCUCACGCAAGAAUCUCGGAUUGGAAAUCUUUUGUGAAAACUGCUACAGCAACGACAUAUUCGUCAUCCACGAUUCGUCACCAUUCUUCGCCAGUUACGAUGAAACGCCCGUGCUCAACGUGGUAGGCAAACUGGUGCAGCGUGAAAAACGAUCCAAAGUGCAACGUUACCGACCUACCAUGCGGGAUUACCUCUCGCCACCCAAGUCGACCUCGUGCACGCCGAACAACAAACGCUGCUGCCGUCACCCGCUGUUGGUGGACUUUCGCGACAUUGAAGGAUUCGAUUUCAUUAUCCAGCCGAAAAUCUUCGAUGCCGGUUUUUGCCGAGGACGUUGCCCGUUGAAAUUCAACCCCGCUAGUCACCAUGCACUGUUGCAGAGUUUACUGCAUGAACACGUCAAGUACGACGUCCCGAAGCCGUGCUGCGCACCGUCGCGUUUGGACCACAUCGACGUCCUGCAUGCCGACCCAAAGAAUCCUCAACGACUGAAGGUGUCCACCUGGAGCAACAUGCGCGUCACAGAGUGCGCCUGUUCGUGAUCUGUUGAUCGAACCGAGGACCGACCACUUGCAUUUAUCAUGGGCUUGGGCUUCGAACCUGAACGGCACGAACUCCCCGGAGCCGAGAACGAUAGUAUUAUUUAUUGCGACAAACAAACAAAACGUGUGUAGCCUGUAAGAUUCCAAGUAACAGAAAACCAAAACUCACACCGAAGGAAACUGACACUGUAUGCAAAUCUUUAUGGUAGGAUUGAAUCGCACUACGAGCAACAGAACAAUAGAAAUAGCCCGCGUUAGUUGGUACACGUUAGUUAGAGGUUGACAGGUCAUAUUGUGCUUCAAAUAUCAAAGUUCCCCGAUUCUAGCAUAGGUAUUUCAUUUUAUUUAUAAAUUAUUUAUUUGUAGAAAGUACAGAGAGCUUUUAAGUUGACUUAAAUACAGUAGGUAGAGGGCAGGUGUCCGUUUAACCCUGAAAUGUACAAUGUUGUUUUUAAUCAACAUUGCGCAUUUAAGGGUUACAAAUACUGAAUGAAAAUGUACAUAAAUGGAAAAAUUUCGAAACUCGAAAACUCAACUUUUAGCCAAAGGAAAACUAUUUAUGGAGAAAUACAUUUUGCUAGCAGAAAUUUUCCAAUAUAUGAACACACCGCGUUGUAUAUAUGUGAGCUGAUCGUGUACAAUUUUAAUAUUUAUUGAUUCUUCCAUCUAAAGUUUCUUUGUAGAAUAUUUAUGUAAAAACAAAAUAGGAUUUUUUUUUGUUUUGUUUUUGAUUUGUGAGGAAACAUAAAUGAACUACUUAUUUUGUGAAGCCAUCCCGAGUAACGAAACGAAAAGCAAAAUACAUAGUGUUGAAAUAAAUACUGUUUAUAGAACUAGAUUGUG